CAGCCCGCCGUCUGUUGGUUGGCUCUGCCCCCCUUGGAGCGUCAUUUCGAAAAGUGAAUACAGGGUCCCCAAAUUGACCAACGUCGACUUUUAUCAUCGACAUAAACCCAUCACAACGCUUCGCUGCCUUUCCGACCGAAGCACAUCUCCCCUCCUCCUCCUCCUCCACACACCCACAACCACACAUCAUGUUCAGACUCGGUCGCAACCGCGCAUUGGCCUCGGCCUUUGCUGCCCCCAAGACUUCCCCCGCCCCCAGACUUCCUAGCUUCGCUCAACAACAAAGGAGAGCGCUCAGCAUCCACGAAUACAUCUCGGCCGACCUCCUCAAACAGUAUGGCAUCGAUGUCCCCAAGGGCGCCGUUGCCAAGUCUGCCGCCGAGGCUGAGGCUGUCGCGAAGUCGAUCGGCAGCGACGACAUGGUCAUCAAGGCCCAGGUCCUCGCCGGUGGUCGUGGCAAGGGUACCUUUGAUAACGGCCUGAAGGGCGGUGUUCGUGUCAUCUACUCCCCCACCGAGGCCAAGAUGUUCGCCGAGCAGAUGAUCGGUCACAAGCUCAUCACCAAGCAGACCGGUGCUCAGGGCCGUCUCUGCAACUCCGUCUACAUCUGCGAGCGCAAGUUCGCCCGCCGCGAGUUCUACCUCGCCGUCCUCAUGGACCGUGGCUCCCAGGGCCCCGUCAUCGUGUCCUCGUCGCAGGGCGGCAUGGACAUUGAGGGUGUCGCCAAGGAGAACCCCGAUGCUAUCAACACCACCUACAUCGACAUCAACGUCGGUGUAACGGACGAGAUGGCCCGCGACAUCGCCGUCAAGCUCGGCUUCAGCGAGCAGUGCGUUGAUGAUGCCGUCAAAACCAUCCAGAACCUCUACAAGAUCUUCCUCGAGAAGGACGCCACCCAGAUCGAGAUCAACCCCCUCUCCGAGACCUCGGACCACAAGGUCAUGUGCAUGGACGCCAAGUUCAACUUUGACGACAACGCCGAGUUCCGCCAGAAGGAGGCCUUCGAGUGGCGCGACACCACCCAGGAGGACGCCGAUGAGGUGCGCGCCGCCGAGUCCGGCCUCAACUUCAUCAAGCUCGACGGUGACAUCGGCUGCCUUGUCAACGGCGCCGGCCUUGCCAUGGCCACUAUGGAUAUCAUCAAGCUCAAUGGCGGCCAGCCCGCCAACUUCCUCGACGUCGGUGGUGGUGCUACCCCCGCCGCCAUCAAGGAGGCUUUCGAGCUCAUCACCAGCGACCCCAAGGUCACUGCCAUUUUCGUCAACAUCUUUGGCGGUAUCGUCCGCUGCGACGCCAUUGCUCACGGUCUGAUCAACACUGUCAAGUCGCUCGACCUCAAGAUCCCCAUCAUUGCCCGUCUGCAGGGUACCAACAUGGAGGAGGCCCACCGUCUGAUCAACGACUCGGGCAUGAAGAUUUUCUCUAUCGAUGACUUGCAGAACGCUGCCGAGAAGGCGGUGCAGCUCAGCAAGGUUGUCAAGAUGGCUCGUGACAUCGAUGUCGGCGUUGAGUUCACUCUUGGUAUCUAAAGUAUGUAUAUAUCUGAAACACUAGGCGGUUCCUAGCUCGGUUCCUAAAGGGUUGAUUCAAAUAGACUGGAUGGGAAUGGAAAGGGGGGUCGACGGUUGGUUUUCAAGGGGGACCAGGCCACACUUGUAUUUUGUUGUUCGUCUUUUUUUGCAAAGUAUGUGUUAACCACACCAUUUUGUGUUCAGAGCGUUCUCUUUUUUUUUUUUUUUUUGAGGGAGUGGGAGAAGAAGUGGUAAUUUGCAUGACCUGCUUUUGCACAUUGGGUUGGGGAGGGGGCAAAGGGGGGUUUGGUGUGGAAGGGAAUGGCAUAGAGUUACCUACAAAUGGUAUUUUUCGUCGUCGUUCAUUUUUGGUUGUGUACAUAUGCUGUUGAGUGAUGCCUGUGUGACUGGGGUGGGAAUGAUUGGAUAUAACGACCAACAGACAUGCCACAUUUUCCCAUCUGACACUGGGGGGGGGAUCUUUUUUGCCAUCUCAAUUUGAGAGAAUUCGGUCUAGAUCUUUCUGCUGAUUUGGAUACUACCAACGAGACAUCGAUAUUAACUGCGGCCGAGGCGCUUCACAGGACCCGGGGACGUGGGAUGCCAAUGGGUCGAGAGCGCUCUAGAAUCCGGGGUAAAUUGGUAAAAGGACUCCCCUCACUUGAGGAAAGACGGGGCGGUUUUGUCCAUCUCGUUGGGAUGAGGGGGCUGGUGGUUGAGGUGAAAAUGCGGGGAAAAUAAAAACUUGGGGUAACUUUCUUGUUCAAGGUAGGAUGGUGAGAUUUCUUGGGUUUGGGGGCUUUUCGUCAGGCCAUUCACCGCUGGACCGGUC